AUGACGACGACUCGGGAACGGAUGUUGGGAGGAGUUUUGCCAAGAAGAAGAACAAAAAGAAGACAUUCAACUGCUUCAAGGGGAAAAGUCGCCGGGAGUUUUAUCGUCAGAGCAGCCGAAGAAGAAGAUGGAGAAGAAGAAGAUAAAGCGACGUAUAAAGAAACGUUCGACUCCUCCACCGGGCAGAUGGUGAAAACGCUGACGCAAUCGAUCGAACAGAUAGAUGUAAACGGACAAACGUGGACGCAACGGCGAGGUUCGCCUUCGGGAAAGAAUAAAGAGAAUAAGAAGGAAAACGCGGUCGUGUUUAUCCACGGUUUAGGUUCGAGGGCGUACACGUUUCGACAAGUCUCGGUGUUGUUGCAAGAGAAAGGGUACGAGACGUUCGCGCCGGACGUGGUCGGACACGGGGAUUCGGAAAAACCCUCCUCGAAUGGAGGAUUUAAGUACGACGAACGGUCGUACGUGGAGGCGAUGGAGACGUACGUGGAGAAAGUCGCGAAUGGGAAACAAGUCGAUCUCGUCGCGCAAGGGUACGUUAUUCCGCAAUACGCGAUAUUGUUGGCGAGGAAGCGACCGGAUUUGUUUCGCCGAAUAAUUUUAAUGAACAUGCCGUUGGACGGGAAUCACAACUUGGCAGCGCCGUUGGCGACAUACGCGCAAAUGUUUGGCAUGGGGAAAGGGAAAGCGUUCGAUGCGGUGUCGUUGAAUUACAUGGGGAACGAGUUUGCAAUCGGCGGAGAUGAUAUGAAAGAGUACGAGAGAGCGUACGUCGGGAGCGACGCGGAAAACGCGCGAAUGGCGGUUGAAAUGACCGUCGCGAACGCAGACUUUAAAAACUUGAAGAAGAAAGUAAAAGACGCGUACUUCCAGGGUGGCAUGCCGAAAACCAGAAUCGUUUGGGGCGUCGCGGAUAAAUACCUCGACCAAGCGCCCAUGUUCAGCUGGGCCUCGGACGCUCGAGCGAGCGAGAAAGCGCUGAGAAAAGUCGGACACAUGCCGCAAGAAGAUUUCCCGCAAGUCACCGCGGAUGCCAUCGAUGAGUUUUUCACCUCCGAUUUGAAAGUUGGCGCUCUGAAAUCGGUCCGAGGGAGGAAAGUUACCGCCGACGACGGUCAAGGAUAA